UUUUUCUCUGUAUAGUGAGUUUACUCAACUCAGUUUCGUCAUAUACUGUAUAAUAUAUAUAUAUUGUGAUAUUGAUAAUAUGUAUGUAAUAUACCUCCUAUUAUGUUUUACGGUUUCGAUAAGUGCUAUGGAGAGUGGAUUCACUUUUUUACUUGGAGCUAGGCAGAGAGAAUGCUUUUUUGAAAAUCUGAAAGCUAAUAUGUCUCUUGAUUUGGAAUAUCAGGUAAUUGAAGGUGGAGACCUUGAUAUAAAUUUUGAGGUAUUUGACCCAAAUGGCAAACGCUUGCUUUAUGAAGAAAAGACUUCAGAUGACUCUCAUGAGCUGGUUAUAACUACUCCUGGGAUAUACAGUUUCUGUCUAGAUAAUAGCUUCAGUAGCAUAACAAGCAAAUUGGUUUACCUGGACUUAGGAAUUAUAGAUGAAAAUGAGGAAUUGGGGAAUGGUGGUGCCAUGGACACUGUUGUCAAUGUUUACGCGAAUAUUGAAGGGAUCCGAACAAAAUUGGACAAAGCAAGCUCUUACCAGGGCGCGUUGCGGGCAAAGGAGGCAAGACAACGUUACUUUUUGGAGAGCAAUAAUUCGCGUGUAAUGUGGGUAUCUUGUAUGGCAAGUAUAAUAAUGAUUAGUGUUGGAUUAGUCCAGGUAUAUUUCGUUCGACAUUUGUUCGAUCAAAGACAAAAAACUAGAGUAUAAUAUUAUAGUGAUAAUUGCUAAUUUUCUUUCAAAUAGAUUAUAUAGGGUAUUAGUACAGUAUUAUACAUAAAUAUUUUCAGUUACAAAUGAAAUCUUUAAGGCAAAGUAGUCCUACUAGUUUGAGAAUAACACUACUUUGUCGUGAUUUAACUUUCUUAUCUAUAUACUAUGCAUGUUUCUAACCUUUGGCCAUAUUGCUAAGGGGGUGGGAUUUCGUUUGAAUUUUGUUUCGUUUUCUAAACAUUUCAAAAAGUUUCGAAGUAUAUUUUUCAACAAUUAAGAUAUGAAAACUCUGCAAUUAUCCGCAAUUUCAUGAUGAAUAAUACAUCUCCUGAUAUAGCACGAUUCCCCUGUGCCGAUAUUGGCAAUAAAGUAUAUUUUCACAGGCGUGUGUAUACUAUAUUGCAGUAAACUGUCAAAAUAGGAUUCUUUAAAUGCCAAAUUUAGAUGGUUAUUGUAAUCAGUAAUAAUUUCAUUUCGUUGUGAGUACGUGCAAGGGUGGCUCAGAGAUAAUAAUAGGGUAACAAGGAGGAAUUUCGUUUUAGACCAAUCAGAAAAUUGGUUUACAUUUUAGUAACCCAAUCAGAAUGAAUAAAUAUUGGCUACUUCUGGUAAAAAGGUACAUUGUAUGUUUACCAUUUUACACGAAGUAUUAAAAAUUGAGGCUUCAUGGUUGGCUUAGCCUGAAAAAGAUAAACAAAUUAGUUUAAAAUUAGUCUACUGGGGCCCGUUGUUCAAAGCUGGGUUAGCGCUAACCCUAUAUGUUAAAUUUUAUUCCGCUGUUUUGGUUUAUAUGCUUCUGCACCGCCGUUUGUUUCAAGACUUUACAAAAUAAGACUUUGAUUGAUCCACAAAUUAUUUAUCAAAAAACAUGUUCAACUUCAUA